UUUUCAAGUAUUAUCCAUUAUGUGAAAUCACACAGUGUCAACAAAUUAGUCCUAGUGGAAAUAUCUUUACUUCCGGCCUACAUUCUGUUCUAUUAUUUUAACGCUUUUUUUUCAGAACAUACUAGUUAAUUUGAAGGCAUAAAACAAACCGCUCCAUGACAAGCCUGAUAUGUGGUAUUAGAAAAAGAAGGAGGCUCAUCCCAUUAUUAUUUAGUUUACAAAGCUCAAAAAUGAGCAGUUUAGAAAACAUCAAGUUCGACAACUUAGUACUAAGGACGCUUCCGCUUGAUAGGGAGAUGGGGAAAGGGACACGAGCAGUGCCAGGAGCUUGCUUCUCAUUGGUCGAACCCACUCCAGUGGAAAAUCCUGAGGUGGUGGCGCAUUCAAAAGGUGCGUUAGCGUUACUAGGUGUAAAAAAGGAAGAUAUAGAAGAAACAACGUUUGCGGAGUAUUUCUCUGGUAACAAAUUGUUUCCUGGUUCACAACCGGCCGCUCAUUGCUAUUGUGGCCAUCAGUUUGGAUAUUUUUCCGGUCAGCUUGGAGAUGGGGCCGCCAUGUAUUUAGGAGAAAUUAUAAACGACCGCAAUGAACGAUGGGAGCUGCAACUUAAAGGUGCGGGAAUGACGCCGUACUCACGUCAUGCCGAUGGGCGGAAAGUGUUGCGGUCGAGCAUACGGGAAUUUCUAUGCAGUGAGGCAAUGCAUUAUCUUGGUGUUCCCACCACACGAGCUGGUACAUGUGUAUCAUCAGAUAGUCGAGUUGUCCGCGACAUGUUUUAUGAUGGCCAUCCACAAAUGGAGAGGUGCACCAUAGUAUCUCGUAUAGCUCCUACAUUUAUAAGAUUUGGUUCGUUUGAAAUAUUCAAAGAUACAGACCCAGAAACAGGUCGAAAGGGACCAAGUACUGGUCGAGUUGAUAUUUUGGAAAAGAUGCUUGAAUACGUAAUUACUAUGUUUUUCCCCGAGAUAGCGUCCAGGUUGGCCGACGAUAAAAGAUCCUGCUAUCUCGACUUUUAUAAGGAAGUAGUCAGGAGAACUGCGCGAUUGGUUGCGUUGUGGCAGUGUGUUGGUUUCUGUCAUGGUGUGUUGAACACUGACAACAUGAGUAUCCUUGGCCUAACGAUAGAUUAUGGGCCGUAUGGUUUUAUGGAUUACUUUGACCCUCAUUUCAUCUGCAACUCUUCUGACAACCAAGGGCGCUACACAUACGUGAAACAACCUGAAAUUUGUAAGUGGAAUCUCAUGAAGUUUGCUGAGGCUUUACAAGACGUGUUACCCAUCGAUGAAUCGAAAACUGCUUUGAAUGAAAUUUACGACACUGAAUUUUCUUCUCACUACUACGGGAGGAUGAUAAAGAAGUUGGGAAUUUCAAAACACGAAAACAAUGAAACAGACGAGCAGCUGGUCCAAAAAUUGUUGUGGACCAUGCAGCGAACGUCAGCAGAUUUUACGAACACAUUCCGUUUGUUAUCAUCCGUCAGUGUUUGUAGAAAUAAUAUCAGCGACGCGGUCCAAACCAUAGUUGCGCAGUGUCAAAGUGUUGAAGAAAUUAAAAAAAAGUUUCGCAGCAACGUAAAUAUGGAACAAAUCAAGACUCUCCUACGUAUUGCUGAUGAUCAACCCAACCUCAUUGCCCAACUUGGAAUGACUAGGGAACAGAUUGAAGGUUUGCUUGAAAAAGCAGAAAAAGAAAAGGAAAUAUGUCGCAUGACACCGGAAGAGAAGACGGAACAGGAUAGAAAACUUUGGACGAAAUGGCUAACUGCGUACAGAGAGCGACUGCAAGCAGAAGUUUCUGGUUUGCUGGAGGAUGAAAUAAACAAGUUUGAAGAAAACCGAAAAAAAAUAAUGAACUCUGUUAACCCAAGAGUAAUAUUGAGAAAUUACCUUGCUCAAGAAGCAAUAGCCUCUGCGGAGGAAGGAGACUAUACUAAGGUGCGAGAACUACUAAAAACCUUGGAAUCUCCAUACGAUGGAUUACAGGAUUAUACAGAAGGAGAAGAAGAGAAACUUUCUGAGACAACGAUGUCUUGUAAAAAGUACUCAUGUGCUGCCCCAUCUUGGGCUGCCGACCUGCGCGUUUCUUGAUCGUCGUAAAAACCUCAGUGUGCAGGCUAGCUUGUUGUUAUAGCCCAUAAAGAGAGUGCUGUUUUAGCCUGAUUCAAAAAGAAAAAUACCUUAAGGGAAGAAAUUUUCGCGGGAAGAAAAUUUCGCGGUUU